UUACAGGUGCCCACCACCACACCUGGCUAAUUUUUGUAUUUUUAGUAGAGAUGGGGUUUCACCAUGUUGGCCAGACUGCUCUCAAACUCCUGACCUCAGGUGAUCUGUCCACCUCGGCCUCCCAAAGUGCUGGGAUUACAUGGAUGAACCACCGCGCCUGGCUCUGAUUUUUUUUAAUCAUCAUUAUUUUGAGGCAGGGUCUCACUCUGUCGCCCAGGCUGCAGUGCAGUGGCGCCAUGAAGGCUCACGGCAGCCUCGACCUCCUGGACUCGAGCAAUCUUCCCACCUCAGCCUCCUGAGUAGCUGGAACCACACAACAUGUACCACUGUGCCCAGCUAAUCUUUAUUUUUUGUAGAGACGGAGUCUCACCACGUUGCCCAGGCCUCAGCCUCUUAAAGUGCUAGGAUUACAGGCAUUGAGUGUGAAGUGUUGAACAGCGGCUCAGGGAGGCCAACCAGGGUCCAGCAAACCCCGUCCCUGCUGCCUCCAUUGGUCCAGAGCUGGUACCCGCAGCCAGCAUGACACUCACCCAGUCCCAGACAUUGUGGGUCAAUAGAGAGAAAUUCAGAUAGCUAAGAGAAUGGAAGCGGACAAAGGAGGCACAGGAGGAUUCCGUGCCAGAGUCCGGAUUGGUCACCCCCAUUCAGGCUCUGCCUGAGGAAAGGAGAAUGGGGUCUGGGCACAGUCAGCUGGACGGAGCGUCUGAAGACGGCUUGCACCAGAGCCCUCCGUGGCUGAAGGGAGAAGCUAGGGGGUGAGUCAGCCACAGGGCUUGAUGCAACAGACAGGAACUAGAUGAUCUAGGAAGGGAGAAAUGAGGCUGAGCAGGAGACAGCCCAGGCUCCCUGGCUGCCACCGCCUAAUCUGUCCCCCUUCACACACAUCCCACACACAGUGUUUAGACAGAGCAGCAGAGAAGAAACAGACAUCCUGGAUCCCACAGGGAGCAGGCUGGGGCUGGGAACAGGAGGUCUGUUUAUUCCUGGCAGUCACAUAUCAGAAGGGUCCCACACCCACUUCUGUCCAGGCCCCAGGCUGAACUCUCCCAGAGCCUGUGACUUCUGCCCGACCAGAUCCCGUGGUUCUGAGGACCGGCCCUGGAACCCUGCGUCCUUCCGACCCACCAGCUCCCUCGAGGAUGGAUUUGAGGCUGGAUGCUUUCCUCUUCCCACUUUUUGUCCCAACAGAAGUCCCUGCUCUCCAGGAUCCCUGACUGGCUGUGCAGAGCUGGCACAGCCACACUCCACGGGCUUCCAGCCCUUCAGGCCCAGCUCUCCCGGAGAGCACCAAAGUCCCUUUGCUCCAUUUACUUGCGCUCUUCAGGCAGCAAGUGUUUCCUAAUGUCUCACCCCCAGUCCCAGCUUUCCUGCUGCAAUUUCUGCCUGUUCCCUCCCAUUUCAGGCCUUAAGGGAGUGUGGCUGGGCUUCUCUCCUCCCCCUCACUCCAAAGCUGCACUUGAUACAAGGUGGAAAUCAAGGCACCACUUCUGGCUUCCCAGCCUUGAACUUGCCCUUCCCUCUCAAUGUACCUGGUUUCCUCAGCUUCCCUGUGCAGCAAGAGUGUCACUCCCCUCUUGCUUUUCCCAAGCUCCCCAUGUGCCCCUCUCAGCAGAUCUGUCUUAGAGGGGCCAGGUGCAGAGAAAGGCAGAAAUCCUAAUAAUGUUCCCAGCGAUCGCUGCCUGUCGCGGAGUGCUGAAGGGACAAGUGUUGAUCUGAGUCCUCAUCACACGGGACUUCAUUUAGUCUCACGAUAGGCAUGCCGGCUGCCACUCCAGGACUCCCCUGUCCCCAGGACCAAGAUGACGCCCAACAGCACUGGCGAGGUGCCCAGCCCCAUUCCCAAGGGGGCUUUGGGGCUCUCCCUGGCCCUGGCAAGCCUCAUCAUCACUGCGAACCUGCUCCUAGCCCUGGGCAUCGCCUGGGACCGCCGCCUGCGCAGCCCACCUGCUGGCUGCUUCUUCCUGAGCCUACUGCUGGCUGGGCUGCUCACGGGUCUGGCAUUGCCCACGUUGCCAGGGCUGUGGAACCAGAGUCGCCGGGGUUACUGGUCCUGCCUCCUCGUCUACUUGGCUCCCAACUUCUCCUUCCUCUCCCUGCUUGCCAACCUCUUGCUGGUGCACGGGGAGCGCUACAUGGCAGUCCUGAGGCCACUGCAGCCCCCUGGGAGCAUUCGGCUGGCCCUGCUCCUCACCUGGGCUGGUCCCCUGCUCUUUGCCAGUCUGCCCGCUCUGGGGUGGAACCACUGGACCCCUGGUGCCAACUGCAGCUCCCAGGCUAUCUUCCCAGCCCCCUACCUGUACCUCGAAGUCUAUGGGCUCCUGCUGCCCGCCGUGGGUGCUGCUGCCUUCCUCUCUGUCCGCGUGCUGGCCACUGCCCACCGCCAGCUGCAGGACAUCUGCCGGCUGGAGCGGGCAGUGUGCCGCGAUGAGCCCUCCGCCCUGGCCCGGGCCCUUACCUGGAGGCAGGCAAGGGCGCAGGCUGGAGCCAUGCUGCUCUUCGGGCUGUGCUGGGGGCCCUACGUGGCCACACUGCUCCUCUCAGUCCUGGCCUAUGAGCAGCGCCCGCCACUGGGGCCUGGGACUCUGUUGUCCCUCAUCUCCCUGGGAAGUGCCAGUGCAGCGGCAGUGCCCGUGGCCAUGGGGCUGGGCGAUCAGCGCUACACAGCCCCCUGGAGGGCAGCCGCCCAAAGGUGCCUGCAGGGGCUGUGGGGAAGAGCCUCCCGGGACAGUCCCGGCCCCAGCAUUGCCUACCACCCAAGCAGCCAAAGCAGUGUCGACCUGGACUUGAACUAAAGGAAGGGCCUCUGCUGACUCCUACCAGAGCAUCCGUCCAGCUCAGCCAUCCAGCCUGUCUCUACUGGGCCCCACUUCUCUGGAUCAGAGACCCUGCCUCUGUUUGACCCCGCACUGACUGAAUAAAGCUCCUCUGGCCGUU